UCAGUUGUCGCUCAGUACGGCUCAGCCAGGCCAGCCGACAAGAAAGAGGGGUAUAUUUUUUCUUCGUACACACGUCUCUAUUUCAUGCGCGCGUGUUUGUGUUAGUUUCUGUACACACGAAAACUACCUGCGGUUACAACUGCCUCGCGCGUGUGCGUGUCGUACGGUCGUUGCUCAACUGCCAAAAAAAAACGAAACAAAUAAAAAAAAAAUUGAAGAAAAGUUAGCCUGUAUCGGAUUUCAAACUCCGGAGCUGUCUAGCAGAAACACAGCGAGAAAAAAUUCAUCCCCGCGUGCAUAAACAGUAACGCACAUCGGUGUAUCGAUGUGUACGUCAUUUAAAGCCUCGGCGCACAAUCUCAUACCUCGAAAAAAGGGAACGUACUUCGAGGGAUAGAGGAGGACAGAGGGAAUACAGAGAGUGACAGAAACGAAGAAGGAUAGCCCCAAAUAAAUAGAGUGAACGGCGGGUACAGGGAAAAAUGCGAGAAGAACAAACAAUCGUUGUGGUGUCUGAUCAUAUACUCUCGUUAACCACUUGACCACUCGCCAAUUUGUGAAUUUUUGUGUACGUCAAGUGUCACACUUUGGUCAUUGACUUUGUGCGCGAUUUGACCGAGACUGGAAACAUCGUUGUUGUAAUUUCAUCAAUGAUUUUCGUUGAGUGAAAUAUAAAUAUUUCGGAAUCAGGAUUACUCCGAUAAUUAAUAGUGCUUUGGAACAGUAGUGACUGCACCAUUGCUCUUUCCCCUGAGACUCGCGUACUCUCGAUACACAUUGACAUUUCCGAGUAUUAUUAUUUUCACAAGUCUUUACGAUCGUCAACUUUGACGCGAUACCUACAAGAAUCUCCCGUCAUAUGAUACUGUAAUGCAGCUGUGCAGUACGAGAGUAGUUCGGUGCACAACGUUGUUGGCAAAGGAGGAGGCGGAGGAGGAGGAGGGGGCAGUGCUGGUGAAAAGCCACUCGUGGUUUACGCGCGGGACUCUCUAGCCUGUCCCACCAGUGAAUAUCACGACGUGCUCGCUGCACGUAGUGCUGUCGACGUCGUCGUCGUCAUUUUCCUCUACCGAGGAUUUGACGUAUACAUAGCAAUCCGUUGGAAGGAACGAUUCUUUCCUCGAGCGAAAAUAUAUAAUUACUUCGAUUUCCACAACGAUUGCCAAGUGUCAUUCGAUUAGGAUUAUACUCCGGGAAACACAAACCGAGAAUAGCCCGAUGAAACAAGUGUCACUUGAUAAACGUCAAAUCAAUUGAUGAAAAAUCAGUAAAAAAAAAAAAAAGAAAAAGAAAGAAAAAAAAACAAGCCACAUACACUAAAACGAAAUAUUUUCUCAAUCGCCAUACUAAAGUGUUGUGUGUUUUAUUGUUUUUUCUUUUUGGCCCGACGCAAUCAACAACUGCAUGUGACAACUUGGAUCGAUUCUACAAUCUGCGUUACUCUCAAACGUUCAAACGUCAACGAAAAAAACGACGAACGAAAAUAAAAUUGAUUCUCGUUGACGAAUCUCGCACGUGGCAAACGCGACCGGUCUCCAUCUCUCUCUCUCUCUCUCUUUCUCUUAUUUUCCACCCCCCCAACUAAACUCCCCGUAAAACGCCGCUCGUUUUUCUCUCAUCGGGGUCCACUCGUCUCGGGAUUACCCACGCGUCGUCGUUUCACCUCCGACUUUGCUCUUCCUUCAUCUUCACCUACUCCCCCCUCUCUUAUCUCCGGUGCUGCGACCCCUUCCCCUUUUAUUCUCAACCUCCCGACCGAUUCCAACUCCCCCUUCCACCUCCUCUUUGUCCCCCCCUUUUGCCACCCUUCCACCUGUCUACCGUGGCGCUACGCGCGCCUGGGCGCCCGCGCACACAUCUCCACAAACGUACUUGUCUUGAACUCACACUCGUCGGAUCCCCCUCGUGUGUGAACCUCCAUCUCGCAUACGAUCGCCACCCUACCCUUGACUCUACCAACGCGCGCGCUCUCGCUCUCUCACUUUUUUCCUCUCGCUGAUCCUUUUGCACCCUCGGCCCUGUCGCUCGUCGUCUCCUUCUCUGCGCACCCUCUGUCUCUUUCACUCGAUCCUCGACUCUCCGUCCCGCUCUUAACCCUCGGUUUCCUUAUUCCUCGGCCCGACACCGAAUUCGCCUCUACCGCUGGCUCCGGCUGCCGUGUCUCGUAUACACAUAUACACGGACACGCGCGAGCACACCACCCUACACUCUUGCUCCUUACUUCAUUCUAUUCUCGUCUCGCCAUCCCCACUCGAAACUCGUCGCACGCGUUUGCAUUUUUAUUUGUUUAUUUCCAUUGAACCGUGCACGCAACUACGGGAUUUUUUUCUCCGAACCGCUGUUUCGGCAUCGUCCUAUCUGUGAAAAAAAAAAAUAAAAAUAAAAUAAAUAAAAACACGUGGACUCUGUUACGGACUAUGACAACGUUGAAUCGUUUCGCAAUAAACGCUGAUUGAUCAAUCCAAAAACUAUUCUCGACACGAACUUUUGUAUCUUUCGAAUCGUCGUAACGCACAAUCGUGAACGAUCGUUUCGAUUGAAAUACGCGCUGAAUCAAUAACAACGAACCGGGAAAAUCGCGACGAAUAUUCGUCUUUAAAAACAAACGUAAAAAUAAAAAAACAAAAAACGAAAAUUCGCGACGCGAUCGGUACCCACGAUCUUAUAAUUGUGCCGUGGAAAUACCGUCACCAUCUGCACCAUCGCCGAACACGUGGCUUGCUCGACGGCGACCCUGUACGACAAUGUGCACGCGGCGCCGCUAUGCGGCUCCGGCGUUGGUCAUCCUGGCUCGGUCACGCCAAUUGGCACAGCCACCGGAGCGGGGAAUUCCACCGGGGUGACCUGGUGGGCCAUGAUGAACAGCAGCCUCUACGAGGAGAGCCCACCGCCAGUUCCGCCCUCAUCUUCCAUUGUAACGAUCCAGCAUCAUCAUCACCAACAGCAACAGCAACAAUCAUCGACACCCGGAUCCCAUCAGCAACAGCAGCAGCAGCAGCAGCAACAACAGCAACAACAGUCGACGACACCGACUUCACCGGGAGCACCGAGUUCGGGAAACGCGGCAACAGCUCCGGUAGCUGCAGCCAGUGGGAGCUCCACCUCGCCGAGCGCCUCUUCCGUUGCGAGCAACAGUGCGGCCGGACCACUUCACAUACCAGCAAAGAGACUAACCGCGACACCGGCUGGUGGCUCGACCUACGGGGAAGUUCCUUGCGUAGAGCCGACAAUCGCACCGGGCGGUGCGACCGGUGUCAUAAGACACUCGCAUUCCUCAUCGGCAGGCUCACAAGGAGGCUGGAGUUACAGUCCCCACAAUCCACAGGAAACACAUUACGCUUCGGCGACACCCGGAGACGUAGUCCUGAAUCAUCACCAGUCAUACGGUACACCAAAUCCACCGACGUAUUAUAAUCUCGCUGAUCCAACCAGCGGUGGUAGCGGGCCCGGUAGCGGUGCUGGUGGCGGUGGUGGUUCAACGGGAUCGUCCAGAGACAGCCGUAAAACGUCGGGCGGACUGACAUUUUGGUCACCGGCUACAGCUGGCUCGGUAGCCGCUGGAGCCGGUGCGGCUUCGGCCGAUUACAAAUCUUACAAUUCCGGAGGUGGUGCGUCGACGGCCACCUCGUCAGCCGGUGGUACCUCGAGCGGUGGCGGCGCCGUUACCGACCCUGCCGUCUCCACGUGCCAUCAAAGUUUCUCACAGAGUUGGUGCAAUUAUUCGCCCUACGCGAGUGCGAGGCACCAUCACGGUGUUGACACCACCGGACAUCAUCAUCCCCACUCACAAGCCGGAGUUUCCUAUCUCACACCAUCUGCCGGCGACGAUCGGGGGAGAGUCGCCGCUAUGGUCGCCGCUGAGGGUGCCUUUCCACACGAUGGCUAUGGCAGCUUGAGAAAUUACGCCCCGGAACCGGUCGCCUCGGGUCCCUACACGACACCAGUGAUGUGGGGUUCCUCCCCAUCUUCCUUGUUUCCGGCAGGUUCACUUGCCGGCGUCGGGGUCGGGAUGGGCGUCCCAGGAAUGGGUGUUGGUUGCAGCGGUGCAAAUUCGCUCGAGUGGACGGGGCAAGUGACGGUGCGAAAGAAACGCAAGCCGUAUUCGAAGUAUCAGACGCUCGAGCUCGAGAAGGAAUUUCUUUACAACGCUUACGUCUCGAAGCAGAAGCGUUGGGAGCUGGCGCGUACGUUGAAUCUUACGGAGCGGCAGGUGAAAAUAUGGUUUCAAAACCGUCGGAUGAAGAACAAAAAGAACAACCAGCGUCAGUCGCAGCAGCAGAACAACAACAAUAACAACAACAAUAGUAACAACAAUAACAACAGUAGCGCAAAUAACGCGAAUCAUCACGGGGCUGGUACGGGGGGUGGAAGUCACCAUCAUCCGGGUGGUGGGCACGGACCUUCGAGUCACCACGUGCAGGUAGGACAGACGCACCAUGCAAAUGGCUCGGCCAAGCAUCAUCAGUGACCCGCAGCUUUCUCUGGGGUCGUUUUCGGCCACCAUCCCCAUAAUCACGGCUCGUCCUCGAUUCACGUUGCCGCGGCAGCUGCUGCCGCUGCUUCGGCGACAGGUGGCGCCUCCGUCGGUGCCCACGGGAGUCUCGUUGGUACCUCGAGUCACGUGACUCACGGACUUCACGCGCCGCAGCCGCAGCUCUCGAGUUCCGGACUCGCGGCCAUUCACGGCACCGGCUCGAGCAGCGCCACCGCAGGGACUUCGGUCGCUGCUGCAGCCGCUGCUGCCGCUGCUCUACACUCGUAUCAUCCGCAUCACGCGAGCUCCCAUCAUCACCAUCAACUGGGCCACGUCACCCAUCAACAGCAUCAAACCAGUCACGGCUUAGCGGCUUGAAAAACUCCCGCCGUUUCUUCACCCCGUUUCACUUUCGACAAAAUGUCCGGGAUUUGUGAAAAUCGAUGAGAAAAUGCCCGCUGCUGGUGAUUUGGUCACGUACUAAUCUUAUUAACGGAGGCACACCCAUCCGUUCAACAAAACGGCGGAUCCUCUUGCGAUGCGAUACGAAAUUGAGGAUAUACGGAGGAUACGACGAGCCCUCAGAUCCCAGAGAAGUUUCAUUCUUUUUUAGUCGAACGAAACCGCAUAUACACACCUACACGAGAACAGGUACAUAUGGAUAUAUAUAUGUAUUUAACGAUACCUCUAUAGCGUCGAGUUGGACUCUCUGCAUGUGAAACACCUCCAAAUGGUGUUUAGCAAAAGUAUAAUAAUUCAAUGAAACAGAGCGAGAGGGGGGCGAAGGGGAGGGGGGGAAGAGAGAGAGAGAGAAACAGACAGACUCUUCCGAGUGAGACCUCUUAUAUAAUAGACAAUUAAUAAAUAUUGAUAUCGAAUGCUGCAUUGGCCGUGGGUCACAUAUUUGUAGCAACGCGAUAAAAGUGUGAAUGUGCCUAAAAUAAUAAUGGGAGUAUGUGAAAUAAAAAGGGAUACGUGGAUGUGCGAAUUGAACGAAGCUAAAUGAUGAGAGAGUUCGGCUAGCGGAGUUGCGUGCUUGAGUUUUGAUGAGGGAGAGUGAGCGAAAGAGAAGACGGAUCGUUUUCAGUGCAGUGCAGUGCGCGAAAACCUCCGAGCAAUCUGUCCAACCCGUAACUCGAUAGUAUUCCUCCAGACUUAUACAUAUGUAGUUAAAAAAAAAGAAGAAGAAGAUAAAUUAAUGCGACGUAGUUAUCAUCGGAAAAUGUAAAAUUAGUCGAUCCUGUUGGAGCCAGUUCUGACUUUGGUAUGCGUGAAACAAAUUCAAACCUAGAGGAUCGACUGGCUCGCGAUAUUGAGGUGAAAUAGCCCGUCACGAGCGGCUACGCAAUCUGAUGUGGCUGGAUAUUGAUCAGGAGAGAGGAAACAGCAGUGAUUGUUGAAACAAUUUAUAAUUCCAUAUGCGAGUCGAUUUGGAUUUUCAUUACCCUCGAAGCAUUUCUAUCUGCCAGUUCCUCUCCUUCUCCCCUAUUAGUUUCAUCCGUUAAUUAAUUGUAAAAUUCCUUUCCUUAUUAAGUAUCUCCUCGAUUAAUGUACAGAAAGACUUUUCGACUUUUGCUUAUUUAUUUUAAUGAACGCUCGUCAAAAAGGUAGCGAUCUUUCGGAUAAAUUAAUUCGAAAAAAUGGAAUCGCUCGAAUCAAAACUCGGUCCUCGCGCCCCAGAGGGUACCAUUGCCCCGGUCGUUGGCCAUUUCUCUUCGGAGCAAGACAGCGUGACGAGGAGUUCACGCUUCGACGCUUUGAACAGGCCAGUCCGGAGAAAAGGAUCUAAAGAAACGAGACGACGUGGAGAAGGAGAGAGAGAGAGAGAGAGAGAGAAAGAGAAGGGAAAGAUACGGAGAAAAGAGAGCAACGAGAGUUGAACGUUGCACAGGAAACUCUCCGAUCGCUGUGUUUUUUUUAUACAUUUAUGCACCACUAUCCGUCUUGCUGCAUUGUUAGUUUCUCUCCCAUUCUUUCUCGCUCACUCUUUCUCUUCCUUUAUUUCUGUCUGAGGUAUACUCGUACUAGAACAAUUUGCCUUUUCUCCUUUCUCCCCUGCCUCUCUCCUGGUUAUAAUAAAGAGACUUGUACUGUUAGAAAAUAUCGUACAGCUGACGAACUCUGAGCUCGGAUACGACCAACGAAAUAGCCUUCUCGAAUAAACCCCCUUUUUUGUUAGCUCAACGGGAUUCUCCUAGUUUAAACCAUUUUCAACCCACUUUUCGUCACUAUGUUCUCAACAUAAUACGACUCUGAACUGAAUCUAGUCUUACAAAGACUCGAGUAUAGCAACCGCGAUAAUGGGGUUGAAAAAAUUCGCGAUACAGAGUAUUCAAGUCAAAGGGCGGAGGAGCGAACCGUGGCCAAAAUCGACAUAAUUUAGGUCCAAACUCCAAAAUUUUCUGUCUGACUAUUUUUUCCGUCGUAUUCGACCUCAUUUUCAUUGGCUGAUGUCUCAAAAGUUUUAUCCUAAGCAAUCACGGAUAACUACCUUUAGAUUAUUAAUAUAACGAACGAAAAAUUUACGUUGAAAUCUGACGUUAUGCGCUGGGGUGAGAAAAUCAAAGAUGGAAUCACUUUGUUCCAAGGGUCAAUUGUUGUUUUAUAAAAUUCCCCAUGGACGUUAGUCGUACUCAUUCGCAUAACAGGAUCAUUUGAAACCUACGAAUCGGUAGUAAAAUUUGAUGAACUGCUUUUUUUCGAGACUCGUGACGGGUCGUCGAUGAAACGAUAAUUAUAUGAAAUCAAUGAAACUUGUACUUAAAUCGUUUGAGAAAGAUAUAAAUUUAACGGGUCGAAGCAACAAGUUCGACCCUCUUUUUUUUCUGUAGCAGAAACGAAGGACUCGAGUUUAAAUAGUCGGUAGCUCCUUCCCCUCAUUUUUCUCAUCGAAUAGUAAUAGUUGAAAAAAAAUCGAUCGAAAUCACGAUCAUACCGGUGAAAUGAAAAAAAGUUAAAAAUAAUAAUCCGAGUUCGCGUUAGUUGGAUGGUAACGUCUAGCUAUGGAAGAACUUUAUAACAUCGAAAUAAUAGACACAUGGCGCGAAUGAGACGAAGCGAAGAAUACCAGUCUGCAAAUAUACCCAGUGAAUAGAAUGAAUUUCGUUAGACGCGAGCUUUUUGUUUUUUAGAAUUCUUUGUUGAAAAUUCGAUGUUGCUAUGAAAAAUUAAGUAUUUAGGAUUCAGUGUCCUUACGAGCAUAUUUCAAAAAAAAUAAUGUUUCGACUCCAAAAAUAAAUAUAGUUACGUUUUUAAAAAGAACGAAAAUUCAGUUCGAGUCUCGAAACAUUGAGAGACGAUCCUCGAGUUUAUAUUCUCGCGUUGCAUGUUUUUCUCAAUUGUUUCUGUUUCUUUUUUUUUUUUUAUACAUACGUUUUUUUGUUCAUGUGCGUGUAUGUCCGUUCGUGGGCGUGAGUCAUUGUGAAAAUUAUGCACACGUGAUCCGUGAAACUGGAUAAAUCGUGUUUUAACGAAAUAAAACGAAAAAUAAAGGUAAAAUUAAGAAAAAAAACUGCUGUAUAGUUCCGCCACGAUAAAUAACCGUUGGUUAUAUUGUAUUAUGUAACGCCGAUAGAUAUUAUUAAUUAAUAUGCAGUACAUAAGUGAAGCAUAAAUGUGGUAAACCGAUGAAAAAAACCGAAGUGCGAGUACGUGAAAUGAAUUUAAAACAAAUAAAUAAAAUGAAGUAAUGAGAAAGAACGUUUUUCGCGAGCCUUACGUCUCCGAUUUUGUGCAGUAUAGGCCAACGAAAGAGCACAGAAAAAAAGAACACGACCGAUGAAAGGCAAAAGAUUUAAAGAAAAACCCACAAUUGUAAUUAGUGAUAAUUAUUAUGUCCAGGACAAUGUUUAACAAGAUUUUAAGGUUAUUAAGAUUAUUAAUUAUUAUUGUGAGCGUCACGUUAAUAUUAUGUUAUUGUUUUUAUUGUGUGUUGUUUUUGUAUGUAUCAAGCCUACAAUAUUAUUAUCUAUAUAACGAAUGAUUGAUAAUGAAGGUGAUGAAAAUGAUGAUGAUGAUGAUGAUGAUGAUAAAAAAAAAUGAUCCAUUCAUAAAGGAGACAAAAAACCGUGUUAUUAAAUGUGUACACCGUCUUGAUCCGUUGAUAACCGUCUGAAAAUAGCAGUCAUAGAAACUCCCUGCUGCGACGUUCAAUUGCUGAAAACAACGACUAAAAACUCACCGUUUAUCCAAUUUUCCUCUUUUCACACUCCCAAUCUCCUGUCACUUUUCGAAAAAUCUCUUAAAAAUUGGUCACUCCACCGAUAUUGAAGAAAUCGGAAUGAGGUUUGAAAAAUAAGACGAUUUUUCUUUUCGUAACGAAACGUUUUUAAUUAUUUCGUAACUCGAAGAAUGAUUUAUGAAACAACAUUUCUCAGCUUCAACUUUCAAUUUUUGUCAACCUUCGCUCACACCCAGCUAUCGUCGAUACGUUUCCUUCACAGUUCUUGCCUCGAAUUCUAAUAAUAAUUUUUCUAGUAGCUCAUAAUCUUGUAAAUAAAUUAUAUUUCAUUGGAAAAAAAAAAAAAAAAAAAAUCGCACAAUUUACCAACACACAUAUACA